AGUGGUCACCCCUCCUCCUGGGUGAACUUUUCACUACUGUAGUAAAGUUGACCAGCGCGGAGGUCACUGCGUCCCAGUGGCUCAACAGAACACGCCAGAAAGGCGCGUAUCUGAAGUUUUCCUCAGUGGUUUCUGUUCGUACUCUACCACUUUGUACCUGAAGGCGCGUGGCCGCGUGUUUAAAAAACACAUUUUACCGCUCGGACUGAGAUCUAGAACAGAGGGAUUUAGACUCUCUGAACAAGGCUCGUUUCGCACAGCUGGUUCACUAGGAUGGUGGCUUUGUAGCACCACAAGUGGAAAACCAAUUGACCUGUGUGCAGAAUUAGAGGCUCAAGCAUGGGUCCGCUUACGACUCCUAAAAAAGGGAGGGAAGUUGGUUCUAUGGAUCCCUGGACUCCAACCUCUAACCUUAAAAUGCUGAUCAGCGCAGCUAGUCCGGACAUCCGGAACCGAGAGAAAGAGCUGUACAUGGUCAAUACUGGACAGGAAGCUCUUGAAUCUAUACAGGAGAUUGAAAAUGGCGAAGAGUCAGAGAAAAUGGUUAGUAGGAAAGAGAAGAGCCUUGGUUUGCUCUGUCACAAGUUCCUCGCUCGCUACCCGGAUUAUCCAAACCCAUCACUUAACGACAUCUGCCUGGACGAUGUGGCCACUGAGCUCAAUGUGGAGCGCAGGCGCAUCUACGACAUCAUGAACGUUCUCGAGAGCCUGCACAUGGUGAGCCGCUCCGCAAAGAAUCGCUACACGUGGCACGGCCGGACCAAGCUGGCCCAGACGCUGGCCAUUCUGAAGCGGGUGGGUGAGGAGCACCGGUACAGCCAGCAGAUGCAGCAGAUCCGGCAGCGUCUCCAUGACAAGGAGUUUGACUUUGAGGUAGAUGAGAAGGAGAACGAGGACGUGGUGGAGCUGGAGGGCAGCGAGCAAGGACAGAAGGAGCUUUUCUUCAUUGAGCUCCCAGGAGUAGAAUUCAAAGCGGCCUCUGUUAACAGUCGGAAAGACAAAUCUCUACGUGUGAUGAGCCAGAAGUUUGUCAUGCUCUUUCUGGUGUCCAACCCCCGCGUGGUCAGUCUGGACGUGGCAGCCAAGAUCUUGAUCGGAGAAGACCAAGUGGCAGAUCAAGACAAGAACAAGUUCAAGACCAAAGUGCGUCGCCUUUAUGAUAUUGCCAAUGUGCUGCGGAGCUUGAAGCUCAUAGAGAAAGUCCAUGUGACGGAGGAGAGAGGGAGGAAACCGGCUUUUGAAUGGGUCGGCCCGGAAGAAUUCCUAGAUGUCCAACCAGACUUGAGCUCCGUAUCCCAAGAGGCAAAAAGUGUACUGGGAUCCCGGGGAUCUGUAGACAACUGUGCCAAAAAACUUUUUUCAUCCUCUGGUGCUAAACGCAGUUUCACACGUCACCCCUCCCUCAUAAAGUUGGCAAAAAGCAUUCAGGACGACAGACGACGGAUCAACUCUGCCCCCAGCAGUCCAGUCAGAAGUGAUCCACCAGAUGUGCCAAACAAAAUGGCCCAACUUGCUGCUAUUUGUAAAAUCAAACUUGAUCAAGAGGCUGAAAGUCCAAAGCCUGUCGCCGUGAGGCCUGAGACGGCUCCACUUUGUUCAAUGGAACCACCUCAGGCACUGUUGCUGACUCCAACCCAGGAGCCUGGACCCAACACUACUGUCCACCUCACCCCCCACACCCCGCUGGCAGCUCAGCCUGCAGGUUCUGUUGCUUACAUCCCAGCACAGUGUUCCCCUCUGAUCCCCAUCCUGUUACCGCCUCAACAAGGGUGCGGCUCCUACGCCGUCUACCUGCAACCUUCGUCUCUCAGGCCAAAUCCUCUAGCUCGCCCGCAGCCGACCAGCCUCGCGGUGCGAUCCAUGACCUUUGAGGACAAGACUGGGCUGAGCCCAUCGGGCCAGGCCGCACCUAAGAGCCAGCUGGCCACCAGGGCGUUAGACGUUAGCCCCUUGGAACUCAAACGGCAGCAUUCUAGUUCAACCACUGAGAGCAGCCCCUCAAAAGCCCAGAGGACUCACUCCAACCCCAAGAACGCGUCCCCAAAGCUGGGUGAUAUCCUCCAGGCCCGUCUAAAGACCCGUCGAAGCGGCCUCCUCUCUAACCGCCCGUCGCCGCGCGCUCUCCACCUGGAUCCAGAGUUUAUCAACACACCUGGCGGCGCCGCUGCCAGCCAGACGCUAGAACAGAGCUUGGAGAACCUCUUGGAAAAGGAGGAGAAAACGAUGAGCUCCGACAGCGAGGCCGGGUUAACGCCCGUUAGAGCCGUACCCCUCACACCGGGCCAGUUUCACACAGAGACUUUAGUGCCAGCCGGAUAUUUGAUCCCAAUCUCCCAGCAGUCCCUCACAAGCUUCAAGGAAAGUCAGAGUUCAGGUGUUGAAAGCAACAAGGCUUCAACUCCCACAUACAGCAUCUACCAAACUCCAACUGCAGGCUCCAGAGCAGCCCUGGUCCAGGAGGUCACACCCACCGGCCUGCACCGUCGCAGACCCGUGUCUUCAGCCUCCCCUCGCACCACCCAGCAGCCUCACCACCUGCACAGCCCCAGUCCUGCCAUCGUCAACUUCACCCUGCAGAACCUUGGUCUGAUCUCAGGGUCCAGCCCAGGAAGCGCCUUCGCUCCCCCUCAGACUCCAGAACGAGCAAACGCCCUGUCCAGCCCGCUGGCACUGCAGCAGAGAGGCAUGGUCUUCAUCAAGCCUGGGUCUCCUGUGCCGAUCCAUCAGUCUGUGCCUGCACAACCAGUGACUCUAAUCAGCGUACAGCAGCCUCUAAUGACCACCCCCAAGGGGACGGGGCUCCAGCACAGCUUCUUCCACACCCCGGUCCCCCUCUCGCCGCUCACUGCUGUAGUAGCCACCGGUGGACACCCCAUCGCCAAAACCGUUUACGUCCCUCAGAGGAAGCUGGACGUCGCCACCGAGGACUCCUGAAGGCGGCCUCGCUCCGUCGUGUACAUUGUGUGUUAACGGGUAUUGUGUUUGUGUGGCUGGGAGUUCCCUUUCUGGUUUUCUGUCUGUUUACCUUUCACAGUAUUCAUUACCUCUGCACAUUUCACAGCGUCCACCUACCACAGCCAACGCUACAAGGAGCUUCAGUGCAGACUUUCGCUGUGAACACUAUUGUCAUUGUGCUGCUGGUAGAAACUGUUGGCCAGGGUGAACUUUUCAUCAACUUAUUGCUGUUUUUUUUUCCGCCGUGUUUGUUUAGGUUUCGUUCAUUUGUGGGUUUUGUGGACACACUUUUAACAAAUUACCAGGAACAGUAAACGUCACAUCAGUGCUUUAAAAAAUGACAGUCAGUUCAGAUGGACGAGGACUGAAAGUCUCAUUAGAAUUGUUAAUAACAUUUGCACAUAUGUAUUUGUUAACUGUUACCCCUUGAAAAUUGAAUUGUUGAGAACAUGUGAAUAUUUGUUAUGCAGUCAAAGACUAAUCAGACAUUUUCAUAAGUUUAAUUUAUGAAAAAAUUGUCCUAAUUUCUGAUGUCCUGCUAAGAGAAGAAUGCUAAAUAAAUUUUAAUGUUCUUUCUAA